UGUAGUAGUAUGAUAUAUUUGUGCAAAAGAAAUAUCUGCUUUAAAUAAUCAUUGCAGUUAUACAUAUUAAAAUCAUAUGUUUUACCCACCUCUAGAGUAGAUGUAUGUAGUAUUGGUAAUACAAGAAUAUCAUCUUUAAAAUAUACUACACGGUUUAUCAUUAUAAUCAAAAAAAUAUUCUAAAAAGUGACAAAGUUGUCAAAGUUGUAAAGAUGAUACCAUAGCAUUGUUAUCUUGGAUUAAAAUACGAAGGUAGAUUGGUCUAUUAUGGAACGUUGUGGCCCGGAAUUAGACUACUUGUAUUUACGAGUCAUUCGCCGUUCCGGAAUUAGAUUACGUGUAUUAACGAGUCGUUCGCUGACACCAGAAACAGUCCUUAUCUUCCCGGAGACAGAAGUUGAGUUUGUGGAAUGGUUAGGAUAGGUUAAACAGGAGAUUAGUCAGAUAACUAGAUACCAAACAGUAUGCCAGGGAAGGACUAUAAAAACCUGCUGCCUCUUGGUAGCGGAAGUGAGGAUGAGGACGACGAUAUGCCAGAUUCAACGCAACCGGAUGUGAAAAUUCAUGACAAGAGUUCGUUACUUUCGUCAAAGACCAACGGAACAGGGUACAAUUUUUCCAAAUCUUAUAGAGACUCCGGAAAGAACAAAUGUUGCACAGCAACAAACGCUGCCUUAACUUUUGCUUUGGUGCUACUGAUGUUUGGGGCUGGAUAUAUUGCUGGCUUUUUCACACCUAUUUCCUUCAAACGACCCAAUGACGAUUCACACAAAAGAGUUUCCAGACGUGCAUCACCUUGGAGAACAAAGAUAGCUGAUCAUGGCUCCGAGUCCUCUGUCCGAUUGGUUGAUGUGGAUGGAGAUGGCCUGUUAGACAUUAUCACAGGAUUGGCUAUCGGGAAAGACAUCAGCACCAUGGUAACAGAGCCGGGAAUGGACGAAUUCUGCAAAAAAUUAGGUUAUAAGACCCCUUGUGCUGGUAAAGUGGUUGCACUCAGGGGCUAUGACGGUAAACUACUGUGGAAGGUAGAUGUAUACUCGGAAGUCUUCGCCUUAAACUGCCAUGGUAUUGAUGUCAACAAAGAUGGCACUUAUGACUGUAUAGCAUCCGGGCGUCUUGGCACUAUCGUUGCAAUCAAUCCAAAAAAUGGGGAAUUACUAUGGACGGGGGAUAAGUUGAAGCUCCACGAUGGUUGGAAUAUUUACGCUCCAGCUACUGUGCAGGAUCUGGAUUACGACGGAGUAGGAGAGAUCGUCAUCGCUCAUGGGGGAGAUCCAAUCAUACCAGCAGGGAGGCAUGACAGAAAUCCUGGAUGGUUGUUGCUUCUAUCCGGAGCCACGGGCGAACCCAUUGGACGACCACUGAAAAUGCCUGAAUCGAAGGAGAUUUACAUAUCCCCAGUGAUACACGAACGUAGGGACGGGUCCCAAUACAUAUUAUACGGAAGUGGCGGCGAAACGGUUGGAGGUCUGUUCCUGGCAAUAUCUGUGCCAGACUUCUACAGAUAUGUCCACGGAUACGACAAGGAUCACUUGGUGCCCAACGUCCGCGGAAAGUAUGAAAAAUUUGGAUUUAAAGACCCUUUGGAAAGUGGAGCGGUGGAACUCUUCAGGAGUGAUACGAAAGGUGUGAUGGUUCCUCCGGUACUGACUGAUGUCAACAAAGAUGGUGUCAAGGAUAUUGUGAUGUCGGCCUUUGAUGGGACUAUGAUUCUGUAUUGUGGUGAGACGCUGAAGAUCAAGUGGAAGAUUAAGUUUGAAGAUCGAGAAUCCUACAGUAAUCCAGCUCCUGGUUAUUUCAAUGACGAUGAUGUUCUUGAUUUCAUGGUUCACUGGAGCGGUGGAUCUUGGCCUUAUUAUAACUUCACAGAGACCAUUGUCAUCGACGGUAAAGAUGGAGCCGUUUUGUGGAAUACAACAUCUGGUCGGUAUGACGUCACCUCCGAUUUGACUGUCAGGACAGCUGCAAGGAACCGUGACAUGUUUUUAUUUCGCAUGCAGGGAAGAAAAGGAAAAGAUCCAAGACCCCAAGGUGCAAUACAUGGAGCUACAGGAAUACAAAGAGUGAUAAACAAUAAACGAUCCGUUGACGGCGAGAUGGACUUCGUUGAUCAACAUGUAACGGACAGCGACUUUGAAGACGACGGAAUCUUUCUUCCAGAAGAGCACGUGCGUCAUAGAAGAGCAGACAACUACGUUGAGUGUGAGAGUGACCAAACUGUGUUUUUGGCAGAAUUAUUUGCUCUUGACAGGACAGUUAUGAAGAAUCCGGUCAAACUUUGGGAAAGAGGGUCUCAAAAAUUGUAUUACAAGCUAAGCAGCAAGGACAGGAAAAUGAUGAAAGCAGUUCAGAAACAGUAUGGGGUAACAAAUAACCUUACUGAACUCGAGAUUCCAUGGACGCGCGGGAAGCGAGCAGCCGAUGGUCCUUUUUGUGUUAUGACGCAACCAGACGAAAGAACUACUGGCGCAUUUGGUGACUUAGAUGGUGAUGGAAAACUUGACGUCAUCGUCAACUUAGUAUCAGUCGGCGUCAUACGUGACGAACAUGCUAAUUUCGUCAAAAUGAAGUUCGACACAGAUAUUUAUAAAAUCAAUCUUGACGACGUCAUUCAGAAUCGGCUUGAUGUGCCAAUCGACGCCACACUCCAUUCUAGAAUGCAGCACGUGGACAAUGAGAACCAGAUACACACGUUGAAGUUCCUUCCCACGGGGGAGCAGCGAUGGGGAGGGUACAUGGGAACCUAUGGAGACAGCGUGGCCUGAGUACUCUGUGAUUUAAAAAUAAGAAUAAGGACCGGACACGUUUUGUCUUUCAGGACCAUUCUUGUAUGAUGGUGGUCAAAAUACUUCACUGACAAUUCAUGAUUAUACACGAUGUGCAUAUAUAUAUAUAUAUAUAUAUAUAUAUAUAUAUAUAUAUAUGAAAAUAUGAAUUCUACCUCCACAGAUAUUGAAUAUGCCUUAUGAAUAAAGAAAGUUAUUUUCUGUU